CCAAGCGCCGGGACUCGACCCGGGCACCCGAAAGCCCCCGAGUCCUAUCCCUGUCUGACCCGGGACGUGCCAUGAGACAACUGAUCGGCAAGUUGAUGAGCACCUUCCGGAAACAGGAACACAAGGUUAUCAUCGUGGGACUGGACAAUGCAGGAAAGACCUCCAUUCUCUACCAGUUCCUGACGAAUGAGGUGGUCCAUACAUGUCCCACCAUCCGUAGCAACGUGGAGAAGAUUGUUUUGCAAAAGACCCACUUCUUCAUGUGGGACAUAGGAGGAGAGGAGGCUCUGCGCUCCGCUUGGAACACAUACUACUCCAAUGCUGAGUUCAUCAUCCUUGUGAUUGACAGCACGGACCGGGAUCAACUGCUGACCACUCUGUAGGAGCUGUAUAAGAUGCUGGCCCAUGAGGCUCUAUGAGAUGCUUCCGUCCUGAUCUUUGCCAAUAAGCAGGACAUGAAGGACUCCAUGACCACCGUGGAGAUCUCCCAAUUCCUCACCCUUAGUGCCAUCAAAGACCACCCGGGCACAUGGCACAUACAGGGCUGCUGUGCCCUCACCGGGAAGAGGCUGCCUGCCGGACUUCAGUGGAUGCAGUCUUGGGCCACUGUCAACUGAUGUCCCAGCCUGAGGCCAACCAGAAACUUUGAGGGUUUUGCAUGGACUAUGUGGGUGGAAAACCCAAGUGACUAUUUGUUAUUUUUCUGUGAUUCUCUGGUGGGACCAGGGGCAGCUAUGGACAGUGAGAUUGCCGCUAUCCACCCAACCCCCACUGAGGAGCUAGACUGAGCACCGUGAAUUGCUGCAGACAGGACAACAGUAAAAGCUGCCCUUCACUCCAUGGGAGCAGGUGUCCUUCUUGGAGACACCAGGGAAGCUGUUGGAUGUGCUGGGGGAUUAGGAAGUGGAGCCCCCUCCCCUCAGCCCUCAAUCUCUCUGUAGGACAGAGUAAGAAACCCUGGAAUUUUUCUUUAUUUCCUAGAACCCUAACCCUAGCCCCCUCACCCCCACUGCAGGUUUCUGGCCCCUUAGACAUCUU